AUGCGCGAAACAGAAGAUUUUGAAAUGAACCAAAUGAUGAGAAUCGUUGAAGCGGAAAUGUCACCCAUGCUUGUACCAUUACCAAAACCGAUUGGUUAUGAACGUGGAUUAGAUGCUGCAUCAGUUCAAAGGAACCCCACAAACUCUCCAGGACCAUCUUUUGUGAAAUACAAUGAAAGAUCAACAUCAUUAACUGAACCGGAUUCUUGGACAAUAUGGUCGGAUUACAAAAUAGAAAAAGCAGUGAUCAAAGCACUUAGUUUUAAAGAAACAGAACCUUCACCAUUUUCUGCGAGUCAUGCUGAAAGAUCAGUACCAUCGGUUACGCCAUUAACUGAUCCAAAUCCUUUGACAUCAUCUUUGGAUGAUCAAAUGAGAAUAGAAGAGGUCACAAUAUCCAAUUAUAUACAAACUUUAAAAUCUAUUGAUCCAGCAAUGAAUCUUGAACCAGCAGAUCUCGCAUCUAUGAACGCACCAGUUCUCGAAGGAGAUGAUAAUACGCCGAUAACAUCAACCUCUCCUGAAUCUGAUACAAUAUUAACUAAUGCUGAUGGGACCGAAACUGUUGUUUUAGCGGCAGAAAUUGAAUCUGAUGCAGGAAGUGAAAACCAUGAAGCACGUCAGUUUUCUGAAGUUACUUCUUCCUCACCAAUAUCUUCAAGCUCGACAGUAACAGAAACAGCGAAGUGCACAAUAAAUGGGAAAAAAUUCGUUUGGAAUCGGAAUGCGUCGUCGUUUGUACCUCGUAAUUUAAUCAAUAAUCGAAAUACUAAUUUAAACUAUAAUGGAAAAAUUAAAUCGCAGAAUCGUUUUCCAAUAAUGAAUGGCAUUCGAACCAGCGAUGCACCAUUACCGUUUUUGUCUACAUCCGUCGGUGUACCAAUACAAAUUUGGCGUUUGGGUCAAGUCGAUGAAAUAACCUUAGCUAUGCAGAGUUUGCCGUCAAUUGCGCACGUUGCACCAUCACAAACUGUCAAUCCAUUUGCGCAGAGAAGUGGCGAUUGUUCUGCCUCUGCCACACCGAUGAGACAAAUGUCGCGUACUUCAGCUGUUUCGAGUGGCUUCAUAAUGCAGACAGGCGGUGUUGGGAUGUCUGUUUAUUAUCAACCACUGGUGUGUCAUUCAGCUAUUUUAGAUAAAUUUGCUUUAACUAUCGAGCACUACUCGAUCGCCAAGUAUAAUUGGCGAGUCUCGAGGAUGAUCUAUGAUCAACAACCAAUUGUCUUUCCACCUGUCGCGAGAUCAGCAGUACAUGCGCUAUCUUCGCGAGGUCAUCAAACUCAUGCACAGUGGAAAGGAUAUGGGAAGAAAGAUGCGAGUCAUGGAAUGAGUCAACCUCCUAAACCGAAGAGGAGCCCGGGUCUUCCGUGUCUAAGGCCUUCCCAAUAUAACCAACCCUCUAGGCCCAUUACACUCUCAGAUAACAAUUCCACCACUCAAAUAAAUCACAGUUCGUGGCUGUUUCGCUGGGUGACUUUGAUAGUGUUUAUGGAGUUUGAGGUACGUCAGACUGAACGUGUAUCUUGCACAAUGCGUUCUGGGAUCUUACUUUCACGUGCUACAAUGCAAGCCAAGAAAGCCAGUUCUGGUUUCCGAUCCGAUCCCCGUCUCCUACCUCGUAUUCGUGACGUCUGGCAAACGAACAUAGAAUAUGACGCGGAAGAUAUCACCCAUCAUCUUCAGCAAAUCUACCCAGAAUAUACCCGACGGAAAUUUCGUGAUUUCUUGAAAUCGGUAGAAAUUGGACUUAGAAAGAUAAAGAAUGCUAACGUGGUGGAUGGCGUAAUUGAUCUGACAAACGAAUCCAAUAACAUAUCAGCGGUUGUAGAACAAAAGCGGAAACAAAUGACGAAAACUAUGAAGAAGCUUAGUCCUGCUUACGAUAGACUGGAAGCUGAUUUAAAGAAGCCUCGAAAAUCAUAUUCAACAUCUGGAUCGUUGUACAAAACGGAUAUUAACGUAGAGCCAAGUAUAUCACACGUUAUGUUCUCAGAUAUCGGUGGUUGCGAGCAACAAUUUUUGGAAGUGUGUCGUUUUGUCAUGCAUCUUCUACAUCCGGAAAUCGAUGAUCUGCUUGGAGUUACUCAUCCUACUGGCUUUUUGCUCCAUGGCCCUCCUGGAUGUGGAAAAACAUUGUUUGCUCAAGCUGUUGCUGGAGAAUUCAAACUACCAAUUUUGAAAGUGGCAGUAACAGAAUUGGUUUCUGGAGUAUCUGGUGAAACGGAGCAAAAAAUACGGUUAUUAUUCAACAAAGCAAUCGAAGUAUCACCGUGCGUUUUACUUUUAGAUGAUAUCGAUGCCAUUGCUUCAAAACGAGAUAAUGCACAACGUGAAAUGGAGAGGCGUAUUGUAUCACAGCUUGUUGCUUGUCUCGACGAUUUAUCAAAUCCGAAGAAAGAUGUUGAGGUGAACGCAGACGGCACAACUGUAGAUAUUUCAAUCAGAAAAGUACGUAAAAGAAAUCUGGUACUCGUAAUAGGUACCACUAGCAGAGUAGAAACUAUGGAUCCAGCUCUACGAAGAGCUGGUCGUUUCGAUAAAGAAAUAGCGUUGGGAAUUCCGGAUAAACGCGGUAGAUCGAAAAUAUUGGAAAUUGUUUGCAGAGGUCUUCGAUUGGACGAAGGAGUAGUACUACAGGAACUGGCGCGCCUAACUCCCGGAUAUGUUGGAGCUGAUCUCAAAGCUCUGUCCAGGGAAGCAGCAUCAUGCGCAGUGAAUAGAGCAGUAAAUGGGAUAUUCGAAGCAACGGAUGAGCGUAAAUAUGGGGAGAAAAAAAUUGAACAAACGGAAUUAGAAUUACAACAAAUGCUUACUUGGUUGAAGUCAUCACAGCAAUUGGAUGAGACUGAUUUGAUGAAAAUUCAUGUAACUAUGAAAGAUUUCAACAAAGCAUUAACGCUUGUGGAUCCAUCGGCUAAACGUGAAGGAUUUGCCACUGUUCCAGAUGUUACAUGGAAUGAUGUUGGUGCGCUUGAAGGCGUUCGCGAAGAGCUUAAAUGGAGCAUACUGGUCCCUAUAAAGCAACCUGAACUUUUCGGUAAAUUUGGAAUAGAAAGCAGGCCUCAAGGAAUAUUACUAUGUGGACCACCAGGCUGUGGUAAAACAUUAUUGGCAAAAGCUGUUGCCAACGAAAGUGGCAUGAAUUUCAUCAGUAUCAAAGGCCCUGAAUUGCUAAGCAUGUAUGUUGGAGAAAGUGAAAGAGCAGUGCGUACCGUUUUUCAAAGGGCCAGAGAUUCUUCACCAUGUGUUAUUUUUUUCGAUGAAAUUGAUGCACUAUGUCCAAAGCGAACGAGCAGUGAAACAAGCGGUAGUUCAAGAUUGGUAAAUCAAUUGCUCACGGAGAUGGAUGGUGUAGAAAGUAGGAAAGAAGUAUUUUUGAUAGGAGCAACGAAUCGUCCAGACAUUGUUGAUGGCGCUAUUUUACGUCCUGGAAGAUUGGAUAAAAUACUUUUUGUUGAUUUUCCAAAUACAAAAGAGAAAGAAGACAUCCUUCGCAAAAUAACAAAUAAUGGAAAACGUCCUCACUUGUCGGACGAUUUUUGUUACGAAAAUAUUGCUGAAGACCCUGCUCUUCAGUGGUUCACAGGAGCAGACAUAGCAGCACUUGUGCAUGAGGCGGGUAUUAUAGCUAUGCAAGAAAGCAUGUCCGGGAAUAACAAAAGUGGAUGUCAUCGAGUGACAAUGAAACAUUUCCAAAAUGCGGCCCUGCGAAUAAGGCCGUCUGUUCAGGAAAAAGAUCGAAUUGUUUACCAGAAGUUGAAAGAAAUGUAUGGAAAAUUGAAACCAUUAUAA